CCGCAUAUUUAUUAUAGCGAUCCAAAAAUGUCUUUCGCCAUUGUCCAAAUCCAAAGUUUGCCAUAAACAUUUGAGUGAUUACCAUAGCAACGUAUCCCCCGURACGUCACCUCCUAAGUCAUCAACACCAAGCAGUACACAUGGAUUAAAGUUCGAAUUUGAAUUCGAAUUGUAGAGAAUUAUAAAAUAUAUUCAGUGCUUUUUAGAAAUUAUUGUAACUCUUUUUCAAAGGAGUGAGCUUCAAGGAGUUUAGGAAUUCGAAAAAAAUUGUAAUUGGAGCCAAGUUUAAGUUCUGUUGGAAACCCGCUCUUCGAGGAACUGAGAUCUGCCAAGUGAAGUAGGAAUGUCCAGAUGAUUUUGUCUGAAGUUAUUCGUAAUUGAAGCUCUAAAAGAGCUAAAAUUUUAUCCAUGUUGCUGGGGAAAUUUCCUGACUUUCGACACCUUCGAAGGUGCAAGUUUUUGGCGGCGUUUGCCUUCGUUGUUCUCGUCUUUUAUGCAGAGAACGCGGAAAGUGCUUGUGAUUGUGGCGUAGAUUGUCCUUGCGAUAAAGCAAACUGUACUGCUGGCAGUUUUUGGCAAACGUCUACUUGUGUGCAAUGUCCAAGCGGUUAUUUCUGUGAAGGGAAUUCAAGUGCACCAAUGCCAUGCAGUGCUGGCACUGCUAAUAUAAAUACUGGUUCUCAGAGUUCUGCUGCUUGUGUGGCUUGUGGCUCAGGAUUCAACAGCACAGCAGGCGCAACAUCAUGCACUCCGUGUCCUGCAGGUUAUAACUGUACGACAGGUCAGGCAUCAUUAUGCAGUGCCGGCUGGUAUUCUUUGUAUGGUGAAGGGGUUUGUAAGGCAUGCCCUCCUGACAAGGUCUGUGCAGAUCCUACACAGCAUCCUCAGCAAUGUGCAAGUGGUUCUGAACCAGAUGUUUCUCAGAUCAGUUGUAACUCUUGUCCUUCUGGAAAGUAUUCAUUAAAUGGCACAUCAUGUCAGCCCUGUUCUUCUGGUUACUAUAGCUCAGGAGGAGCUAGCAAAUGUACUAUUUGCCCAUCAGGACACAAGUAAGUACAU